GUUUUGCCUGAAAGGAGCUGGAUUUGGUCAAGUGUCAGAAUGGUUAAUUGUACUCAGCCAACUAAUGAAGUUUCUGCAUUGCUUGUUCUUCCCAGUUUCUGGACAAAAAUGACUAACUUUAAUGUAACAUGUACAAAUGGAUGCUCUGGUCACGGUGACUGUUAUGAUGGUGUGUGUUUUUGUGAGGUUCAAUACAGUGGAGGAAGCUGCCGUGAUCCAAAUUUGAAUUACUAUAUUGCUUUUUCCAGUAUAUUCUACAUUAUUUGUGCUGUAUCUGUUAUCCAAUUAAUACUCUGCAUUAAGUCUGAAUUCAGUAGGACUAAACCACGUUCAAUCAUCAAAGCAUGUAAUGUAACUACUCAGAAGACUCUAUACAUUUUGACAUGUAUGGCGACAGCCCUUCGGGGAUAUUAUUUUUCAUCACCUGAUCAUGAAGCAAUGUUAUGGGCUUCAAGCUUAAUGAGUGCAUACUAUCCUGUGUUACUUUCUGGUUUUUCACUUAUUGUGUGCUUUUGGGCAGAGGUUUUCCACCUUCGGGAUCUGACAUUUGAGAAACCUGGAUUUCUGAGUAAAUCUCUGCUAGGCUUUGUCCUUUUCAAUAUUAUUACAUACUCUCUAUUAUUGGCCGAAUUGUUACUCCUACAGUUUUCAAAUAUAGAACCAAGCCUAUUUAUUAAUAUCUUUCAUGGAUGUUAUGCUGUCUUGAUGCUGGUUGUAGUCGUCUUUUUCUUAAUUUAUGGUGUGGAAGUUUAUUUCAAGGUUCGAGGAGAGUUUAUUCAAGGUUCAUCUUCUGCAACUGAUUCAUCACAACUUCAUCAAUCCCGAAUCGGACUAGUGUCUCAAGCAGUAUUGCUUCUUUUUACUAUUGUAUUCAUAUUUUCAGAUAGUCUUGGACACUUCUGGAAGGAUAAAGUGCCUGUGCUAAGCCGCAAUUGUUACAAUGUUUUGUUCAGAAUUGUUGAAAUGGGAGUAGCAUUGUGGUUUCCAUGUGUUCUGUGGAACUGUAUACGGCCUGAGCAACUGUGGAUACUCAAUCCUAGAAAAUUACUUAGAAAAUUGGACAUUCGGAAACCCAUUCGAUCUGGAGGAGAAGCUGAAGCUCUGGUGGCAUCUUCUAAAUCCAUAACAAUAUCUAAAUGUGAUGCAAGUAAGGCUCUGGAUAAACAACCAGAAUGUUGGAUUUGCUAUGAUCAAGAUAAAUUAGACUGUGGUCCUUUAAUUCAACCAUGCAAAUGUAGAGGGGAUGUGUCUGUUGUUCACCAUGAAUGCUUAAAACAAUGGUUAAUUGAAUCUUCUGGACAGUCUGAUGCUGCUAAAUGUAAAGUUUGUAAUGAAUGGUAUCAACUGAAACAAAGUACAGUCUGGCUUCCUCGAGGCUUAACAACAUACCAUUGGGUAAAAACAGGAGCCAUUAUCAGUGUAAUGUGCAGUUCUAUUGCAACUGCAUGUUUUCUGAUCAAAAUAUUUGAAAAUGUUGGAAUUCGUACUCUUUCUGGAGGAUCAGCUCUGCUAGUAGUUUAUAUUUGUCUCAGGUUAUUAGGCUUCAGUGUAUUGAAAGGUUAUCAGAGAGCUAAAUUUUCAGCUGUUAAAAUUUUAAAUCAUAAUUUAAGUACUGGGCAAGGUGAAACAUUAUUGUCAGCACCACAACCUGUCAUUCAAGAGUCUGCUUCAUAUGUUCCUCAGCCAACAUGAGAGGAUUUACUCAUUUUGAGUUGUGAAAUAGCCAUGUUGGAAAAUUGGUGCAAUCUCUUUUUCAUUAUUUAUUUUCAUGUGAAAAUUACUGUUAUGUGACUUGUAACUCAUUAACUUUUUAAGUUAAAAGCUAUUCAAAUAUUUUGCUAUUUGUUGAAAUACUCUAAAAAAAAAAUAAUGCUAAACUUAGAUGAUAGCAUUUCUCCCCCUAUAUUUCUAUGUGUUUUAAGAAUGGGGCACGUUCAACUUGAUAAUACUGCUGUUCAUAAUUGUAUUUCAAGUAUUUUUUUACAUAAUUAUGCUCUCAUCAUGCAGUAUGAAUCUGUAUUAGUAAUAUGGUGUUGAAGAGAAAUGCUCAGUUAAUGUUGAACCUCAUUAAGUGUUUCUUUUUUCUUUUUUAAUAAUGAAGUAUAAUGUGUGAAAGAUUCUGUUCUUGUUUAGUAAAUCUUAGACGCUCUUUCGCCCCCCCCCCCUUGAACUGUCUUAGUGUUUCUCCGUAAUAAAAUUAUAUUAUUUAUAAAGAAACAUUUUUUGUAACUCAAUAUGUAUGUUGAAUAUCUUGUUAUGUUUCACUUAAUUAUUUUUAAGUAGUUUUAAUUAUUAUUUAAAUGUUUGUUAGCACUUGAUGUGACAAAGUCUCUCAGUAAAACCUGUUAUUGAAUUAGUUAUUUGUUUAAAAUAAGGGAAAACUAAAUUAGAGUUAGUAUUUACUUUAGUUUUAUUUUAGUUUCAUUAUCACUCACUAAAUAACUGAAAUAUGUAAAACUACAUUUCAUAUCCAAAUGUCUCAAGACAUUGUUUUAACAUGUGAAGGUUUGCUGUUAAACAAUUUUUUUCACUGUUAUUAUUGAAACUGGAAAUAGCUUUUUAUUAUAUCAUAAGCACUGAGUUUUGCACCUGUAAAUAGUAAAAAUCUCAGUUUCGUACUCUAAAAUAUUUGAAAAGAUGAUUAAAUUCCAUUUUGAAAUGGGAUUUUUAAAACUAUUAACUGUAAUUAUUAGUGCUCAUCCAGAAAACAAUCGUAAAUGUAGCUGUGAUAAAGUUAUUCUAGUUGUAAGCAGAGAAGUCUUAAACUUGCAAUAUAAUCAAGACAUAUUAUUGAUUAAACUAUUAAGUAAGCAUAGUUCUGUCUUGUGAAAAAUCUGAUAAAUGUUUUAUUUCCAUCAAGGUUUAUGUUACAAAAAUUUUUGUAUUACUAAUAUUUUUAAUUUUGCUGUUGCAGGAUUUAAAAUAGUUUUCUUAAAUUUCAUUUUGCUGGCUUAUACAUACAAAUAAUUCCCAUUUUGAAACAUAUUUGCUAGAAAAAAUAUGAAAUGUUAAAUUGAGUGUGGUGUUAAACCGUGAUUAUUAAUUUAGAAAUAGAAAGUUUUAUGUUAUCAAAAGAUGUUCUCUCUUUACAUGAUUUUUCAAUGCUUCUUGCAAUUUACUGAUAAAAUUUUGUUAGCUUGAAUCAGUAUUUUUGAAUUCAUAUCAUGUAUGUGUGUAUUUGUACAUAAAUGUUAGGGAUAUUUAUUAUGGGAGUGUAAAUGUUAUAAAUGUAAACAUGCAUUUAAAAAUAUUUAUUAAAUUAUUAUACCAUUAGCUGUGAUUUAUCAUUGUAUUUGAUUUUUUUUAAACUUAUUUACUCAGCAUUGGUGAAUACUAAAAACUUUUCUUGGUUUAUUAGGGUUUUUUUUUUUUUUUCCUUUUGUUCUAAAAUUUAUUACUUUACAUUUAGAGUACACUUUAUGUGAUUUAAUUCAGAAAAGUAUAAGAAUCCAUUCUAUGGUUUAGUUUUAAAAAUAUUUUUUCUUUUCUUUCGGUUUGCUUUAUUUCUUAAGUUUUUGGCUUUUAUAAGGUCAAUUUUUGUCUAUUAGUAGGGGAAUGUAGGGCAAAGUUAAAUAGUUAAGAUGAGAGCUUUUUACUGAGCUUUUUCAAAAUGAACAAAUUUAUUUUGAAAAUUACAGUACAUAAAGAAUGAGCAUUCUAUUUUAUAAUAAAACUUGCAUUUGAAACAGUAUUCUUUACUUUUGACAGUAAAUUUGCACCUUCAAUAAAGUGAAAAAUUUUCAUUUUUUUUCCCCAUGGGGGCAGAGUGAAAAAUAAAAUAUUUUUCUAAUGAUAUAGUUUCUAUUUAAUUAUAGAAAAUAUUUUUGAUUAAAUGAAUCAGUAAAUAAAAGGUUUAAUGAAUAAAUGAAAAGAAACUGAAACAAUAAACUGAAAAUUCAAUUAUUUAAUUAAUAGAUGAAGAAAAAUAAAUGAACAUAUGUAAAAGUGAAUGAAUAAGAAAAUAUGUGAAUGAAUGAAUAAAUAAAUGAAUUACUGAAUGGAGGAAUGUAAAUGAAUGAAUAAAUAAAAAAUGAAUACAUAAGUGAUUUAGUAAAUGAUUUAUCGAGUAAACAAAAUAAGCUAUUUCACUUUGCCACAUCCCAUUUUGUCCCUCAUGUACUUGACUGAUUGUAGAAAAUAUUUAAAAUACAAAUAUGCUUAAUAUUAACUGAAUCAGUAUUGGACAAAGUAAUAGAAGGUCUCAAUUUUUUAAAUGUUAACAAGAAUUAGAAUAAUAAAAAUAAUUUUUGACUUUCAACAAAGUAUCACAAUAUGAGUAUCAAUUUUUGGAAACUGCCUGUAUUAUAUGCUUUGAUCUUCAGUGAUACUUUUUUCCGAACUGGAAUAGAUUACAUGUGCUACUAUAUAGUUAAAAUAUUACCAGAUAGGUGGCACUAAAAACAGAGUAAAUAUUUUACCAUUACACUUUGUCCCACAUUCCUCAACUAUACUGUAAUAAAAUUAGUGAACUUUUUCUGCCUUCGUGAUUACAAUUGGAAUCACUGAAACUUAAGGGCUUAAUGGUGUAUAUUUACAGACUCAUUUUAAUACUUUCUGUGUUUAUGCAAACCAUAGUAAUGGGGAAAAAAUCUUGUAGAAAAUAAAAACUUUUUUUUUUUUUGAAUGAAAAAAAAUUAUUGUUUGAAAUUAAGUUUUGUGAAUUGAAUGAUUCUUGCCAAGUUUUAAAAGUCAUUCAUAUUAGCACUAAUCUCAUUUCCAUUUCUCUUUUAACUAUACAUAUAAGCAAAAGAUACCAAAUUUUAAAGUAAAAGCCCUGAUACAUGAAUUUUUUAUGUAAUUUUUAUGAUUAGAAACACCCAACAAAAAUGUGAUGCAAUCGAUUGUGGAAAACUUAUGCUCUUAAGUUACUGAACAGCCAAUGUAAAAAGUAUCUGUAAUAAAAGUUUUUUUAAUUCUAAAA